AUGGAUGAGCCCAAUUACUCGCUCGCUUUGAAGCGUUCAGAGGCCGAAUGCAGCCUCCUGCAGGCUCAUUUUGACCCCGAACAUGUCCUCCCAUCGUGUUCGGACCCAGGCCACCAGACCCUUCAGCUGCUCCGAGCUCUCCGUCCGCACGCACCACACCUUUUCCUGCUUCACCGUCUGCCCAAAGCCAUCGCCGAAUAG